AUGAACGAUAUUGGCCUUCUUCAUGCGCCCCAUGGGCCGGGCCAAGAUCCCCUUCAAAAUAUGGAUGCGCACGAGAAGGACGCUUUUGACGCUCUCAUUCGCCCCGAUGACAGCUAUACUGCGGACGGGACCUACUGGGCGGACUUGUCGCUUUUCAGGAAAAUCAAGUUUGUGAGCUCAUACGAUGCGGGGGAAGCCAAGCGCGAGCUUAGCGAUAUCUGGAAGAUGUUCAAGGCCGAUCCCUUGUCGCCAAUGUCUUAUUACUUCCAAAAUAUGGUCCUCCCCGGAGCUGGUUUGGGUCUAGAAGGCUACGUCCUCUUUUCGAUCGGAAACCUGAAACCCCUUUUCCAAGCUGCCUUUGCCUCGUGCUGGGACCACGACUAUGAAGGAGAACAUAUUUGUAACGCACAAUGGCUCAAUGCGAUAGAAUAUCUCGAGAUUUGCGGUAUAAUUGUUGGUCAGAUCCUCGUCGGUAUUGUGGGUGACUGGCUCGGCCGACGAUGGGGUUUGAUUCAGGACGCCGCGAUUAUGCUUCUCGGUCUCGUUAUGCUUACGGCGGCCUGGGGUGUCACCCAAAAUGGCUGGGUUAUUUGCUAUGCAUGGUCUCUAUUUAUUUACGGUAUCGGUGUUGGAGGUGAAUACCCCAUGACUGCCACCAGCGGUAUGGAAAAUGCUGUCGGCUCUGGCAAAGUCUCUACCAAAGAAGAUCGUCUGCACCGUGGCCGCAAAGUCACCAGUGCUUUCUUGAUGCAGGGCUGGGGUCAAUUUUUCAACCAGGUCCUGCUCAUCAUUUUACUGCUUUGCUUCCACCACGGGAGCGGAAACCCGCCCUAUUCUACUGUCUCUGCUCAGUGGACCUACCGCAUUUCUUUCGCCAUUCCCGCUGUUGGUACCUUAUGGCUCGUCUACUAUCGUACGUACCAUAUGAAGGCCGCCAGCAAACAGCUGCAGGCCGCAAAGAAGAAGGCGUCGGUUACUGGUUAUGAUGUAAACUCGCUGAAACUGACCUUCCAACACUUUGGAUUCCGUCUGGUCGCAACAACCGGCGCUUGGUUUGCCAACGAUGUCUUUUUCUACGGCAACAAGCUGUUCCAGUCCGAGUUUAUCAAGGUCAUUAGCCCCGCGUCGACAUCCAUCAUGCCUACUUGGCUCUGGAACUUGGUGAACGUUGGAGUCUCGCUCUGUGGUUACUACUUGGCUUCCUUCCUGAUCGACAACAAGCUAUAUGGCCGCAAAUGGAUGCAGAUCAUCGGUUUUUUGAUGGACUUUAUUCUCUUCAUUGUUCCCGCCUUCCACUUCGACUAUUACACCUCCCCUGAACAUAUCAAGGAAUUCCAGGCCAUGUACUUCCUGAGUUCCUUCUUCAACCAAUUCGGCCCUAACUCGGUCACUUUCCUGGUUGCCGCAGAAGUAUUCCCGACGCCCAUCCGUGCCACCGCGCAUGGAAUGUCCGCCGCUGCGGGAAAACUCGGUGCUCUCCUUGCAUCCGUUCUCUACAACUACAUCGACACACAGACAAAGUUUUACGUUGUCCCCUGGUUCGGGUUGGCAGGUCUCGUUCUCACCUUUUUCUUCCUCCCUGACACCACCGGGCUUGACUUGAAGGAACAAGAGCGCCGCUGGAAGUACAUCCGGGAAGGUCGCGAACAGGACUAUCACGGCCCGGCCGUCCACCCCAAGCACCUGUCUCUCUGGGAACGCGUCCGUGGUACCGGCAAGUACUAUGAUGCGGAGCUCGACUACAAGCAGAAGGUCGAAGAGUACCGCGCUGAAUGGGAAGCCGCCAUGUCUGCCAGGAUCUCCGAGAAGGACAAGGACGGUGAGGAAGACGCCGACGAAGAGCUCUUGUCCGGCCACGUCAACAACUAUUUCUAUCGCACAAGCCCAAUGUUCCGUGGAAUGGAAGCAAAACCCGGCAAGGGUGACGACUUUGCUCUUCCUCCCGCUGCGCGGUCAGAUGAUUCCACACAGAACUCCGUUCAAGAAAAAUAG